CCCCCGCUGGACGAUGAUGAUCUCCUUGAGGAGAUCUUUCUCCGCCUCCGUCCAAAGCCAUCUGCACUUCUGCGUGCCUCCCUCGUUUGCACACGCUGGUGUAGCAUACUCUCUGACCCCAAGUUCCUCAAACGUUAUAGGAAACACCAUCGGAAGCCUCCUCUAUUGGGCUUCUUCACAGGAAAUAGUGGCACAGAAUACAAUUUCGUUCCUGCUCUAAAGGCGAAGCCCAACCGCAUCCCGGCUCAGCGCUUCACCAUACCCAGGAGCAGCAGCCCCUACGACCGUUGGAACUUCCUUGGCUGUCGCCACGGCCUUGGUGUCCUAAUGCACUACUAUGGGCGUGAGGUUGUUGUAUGGGAUCCCCUCACCGGCCAGCAGCACCACGUUCCGUUUCCGCCUGAGCUACGUAAUGCCAGAGGGGAUAUUUAUUGGAGUUGGCACGCCGCGGUGUUGUGCGCUGAUGACGAUGAUGGACAUGUGCACGGCGAUUGCUUCUCAAGCCCGUUUAAGUUGGUUUUGAUAGCUGCUGGACAGACGCAGGCUUUUGCUUGCCUCUAUGAAUCGGUGUCUGGUUUAUGGGGAAAUAUUGUCUCAACAUUGACUACAACUACGAUUCAUGAGAUUAGACACAGCGUUCUCAUUGGGAAUGCACUUUAUUGUUUGUUCGGUGGAGGUGACAUCCUUGCAUAUGAUAUUGAUGGACAAAUCCUUAGUCACAUUGAGAAGCCAACUGAGGCCUAUCAUACUGGCUUGGGCUUUCAGCUUUGGCGGACAAAUGAUGUUUGUGGCCUUGGCCUCGCUGUUAUGUCAAAACUGGGCAUACAUUUAUGGGAGUGCAAAAUGUACUCUGAAGGUGUUUUCAGAUGGGUGCUGCAGCCGAAAAUCAUUCAACUUGAGGAGCUCUUUCCACAGAGGAUCGGUAGCGACCACAAAAAGGUGUACAUGGUGGGCUAUGAUGAGGAGUCAAAUGUUAUUUUUCUGGCUACGUAUAUUGGUGACUUCAUGCUCCAACUUCAGUCUAUGCGGUUUAGAAGAAUUUCCGAAAGAAAUUGCUGGGAUAACAAGAUGCAUUAUCCCUACAGAAAUUUCUAUACUGCAGUGAAACCAUCUGCUAUGUGA